UCUCACUGUGUGUUAAGGCAGGUUGGUGUGGAGGAUUGUGGAGGGAUUUAGCCAGCCAGGUAGGGUCAAUGAGAGAGAGAGAGACAGAGAAAGGGAGAGAUGACUGAAAAAAAAAAAAAAAAACAAAGGUAAUCAGGAAGAGGGUAAUGUUGAGGACUCACGACUGAAGUAAAUGAGCAUUUGAUGCGGGGGGUUUGCUUUUAAUUGAGUUGCAGAAAAGUAGAGAGAGAGAGAGAGAGGGGGGUGUUGAAGCUCUAUCAGGUGGUUUUGAUACAAAGGCGGUCUUCUUGUUCUUCGACACCCAUUGCGGAGCUACGUUUACUGGGAGUGUUUUUUUCUGCUGCCUGUUCUUUUCCAGUCUUUUGGGGAUCUGGGUUUUGGAUUCUAGAGUUUGAGGCUCUGGUUUCAUCUGUAUAUUGGGUUAUCGCAAUUCGAUCGAUGCUGAAGUCUGGGCUGUCCAUAUCUUUGAGGCUUGCGAUUUCAUGAAUCUCGCUUCGUGAAUUUCUACCGGGUUUGAAAUGAAAAGUUUUGGGGAUUUAGAUGGGUAAGCAACACCUGCUGCCGUAUUUGUGGAGCUAAAGGCUUUAGCCUAAAGCUGGUUAUUCUUUCUGGGUUCUCUCUGAUAUCGAUUAUACAGAUAGGCUUCAAUGCAUCUUUCACUAUGGAAGCCAAUAUCUCACUGUGCCGCUCUGAUCAUGGACAAAAAGAGCAGAAGAAAAGAUGGGUCUAACCAUUCAACCGAAGAAAUCAAGAGAAAUCCAUCAGUUCUCAGGAAAUUGCAGGAGCACAAGCUCAGGGAAGCUCUUGAGGAAGCAUCUGAAGAUGGGUCACUUGUUAAAUCACAGGACAUGGAUUCUGAAUCAGCUGCAAAUCAAGACGAUGGCUUGGGGAGAUCCCGAUCGCUUGCCCGUCUCAAUGCCCAGAAGGAAUUCCUCAGAGCUACUGCUCUUGCUGCCGAGCGCACCUUUGAUUCUGAGGACUCGAUUCCUGAUCAUCACGAAUCAUUCUCGAAGUUCCUGACGAUGUACCCAAAAUACCGAUCUUCAGAGAAGAUCGAUCAGCUGAGGGUGGAUGAGUAUGCCCAGUUGUCAGGGUCAAACCCUAAGGUAUGCCUGGACUACUGCGGAUUUGGGUUGUUUUCUUUCCUUCAGACGGUUCAUUAUUGGGAAUCCUCCACAUUUAGCUUAUCUGAGAUUACUGCAAAUUUGAGCAAUCAUGCUUUAUAUGGAGGUGCUGAGAAAGGCACUGUGGAACAUGAUAUAAAGACUAGGAUAAUGGAUUAUCUGAACAUCCCUGAGAAUGAAUAUGGCCUCGUUUUCACUGUAAGCCGAGGGUCAGCUUUUAAAUUGCUUGCUGAAUCAUAUCCUUUUCAUACAAAUAAGAAAUUGUUAACCAUGUUCGAUCAUGAGAGCCAGUCUGUGAAUUGGAUGGCUCAGGCUGCCAAAGAGAAAGGUGCAAAAGUAUAUAGUGCUUGGUUUAAAUGGCCAACCCUUAAAUUAUGUUCAACUGGCCUGAGAAAACAGAUUUCAAACAAAAAAAGGAGGAAGAAGGAUUCGGCAGUUGGUCUCUUUGUGUUCCCUGUUCAGUCUAGGGUCACUGGCGCCAAGUAUUCAUACCAGUGGAUGGCACUGGCACAGCAGAACAAUUGGCAUGUCUUGCUUGAUGCUGGGUCAUUAGGUCCCAAAGACAUGGACUCUCUUGGAUUAUCCUUAUUCAGACCAGACUUCAUUAUUACAUCAUUUUACAGGGUAUUUGGAUUUGAUCCAACUGGAUUUGGCUGCCUUCUCAUUAAGAAAUCAGUGAUGGGAUGCCUUCAGAAUCAGUCUGGGCAGACUGGCUCGGGUAUAGUGAAAAUAACCCCUGUUUUCCCCUUGUAUCUCAGUGACUCAGUUGAUGGUAUACCUGGAUUGGGUGAAGAUGAUGAAGCUGGUGGGAAUGGUGAACUAUCAUCUGAAGCUCGCCCAGGAGCGCAGUUGCCUGCCUUUUCUGGUGCAUUCACUUCAGCUCAGGUAAGGGACGUCUUUGAGACAGAGAUGGAUCAGGAUAACAGCUCUGACAGAGAUGGGGCAAGCACAAUAUUUGAAGAAACUGAGAGUAUUUCGGUUGGGGAGGUAAUGAAGAGUCCUGUUUUCAGUGAAGAUGAAUCAUCAGAUAACUCAUUAUGGAUUGAUCUAGGUCAGAGUCCAUUGGGAAACAAUGGCCAGUUGAACAAACAGAAGUUAGCUUCUCCCUCACCGCCCUUUUGGUUUACUGGGAAGAACAAGCGGCUUUCUCCUAUACCAUCCUCAAAGAUAUCUAACAGCCCAAUAUAUGACAAAGAGCUACAUCCAGAUUCUCAUGAGGACCACCAUGUGCUAUCAUUUGAUGCUGCUAUUCUGUCAGUGUCACAAGAUCUGGACCGCCUUAAAGAGGUUCCUGAAGAAGAACAAUUAACAGAAUCAAAACCCUAUUCACAAAAUGGUGGUAAGGGUUCAGGUUACCACCGUGAUCAAGAAAUUCAGGAGGAAUCUCAAAGCAGCAAGUAUUCCAGGGCAAACGGAUCCAAUCUCAACAAGUCAUCUUGCCUGGAGAAUGGCUCAACAUCUGAGAUAUGCCCAGAGGCCAAAGAGAGUGCUAUAAGAAGAGAAACAGAAGGUGAGUUUAGAUUGUUGGGAAGGAGGGAAUAUGGUAGAUUUGCUGGUGGUAGAUUUUUUGGUAUAGAAGAGCUUGAACAGCCUAGUAGUAGGGGAAGAAGAGUAUCCUUUAGUAUGGAAGAUCACCACAAAGAACAGUUGACACAUACAUUGGAGCCUGGAGAGUUAUCUGCCACCAGCUUGGAUAAUGAAGAGUACUUAAGCGAUGGAGAAUAUGGUGAUGGACUAGACUCGGAUAGAAGGGAACCUGAGAUAGUAUGCAGGCAUCUUGAUCACAUAAACAUGUUAGGUCUCAACAAGACAACUCUUCGGUUGCGGUUCUUGAUCAACUGGCUUGUGACCUCAUUGCUGCAAUUACGUUUACCUGCUUCCGAUGGGAGUCAAUCUGUGCCUCUUGUUCACAUCUAUGGUCCUAAGAUCAAAUAUGAAAGGGGUGCUGCCGUGGCUUUCAACGUGAGAGAUAGAAACCGGGGCCUAAUCAAUCCUGAAAUUGUGCAGAAACUGGCUGAGGCAAAUGGAAUCUCCCUUGGUGUUGGUAUUCUUUCUCACAUACGAAUUUUAGAUAGCCCAAGGCAGCAGCGUGGCUCUUUCAAUCUUGAAGAUACUGCACUGUGCAGGCCGAUGGAAAGUGGCCGUGAUGAUGGAAAAAAUGGGUUCAUUCGUGUGGAGGUUGUCACAGCUUCUCUUGGCUUUCUGACCAACUUCGAUGAUGUUUACAAGUUGUGGGCCUUUGUAGCAAAGUUUCUUAAUCCCUCUUUCAUGAAAGAGGGUGAACUUCCAACCGUUGGAGAGGAUACAGAGGUGCCGGGCUAAAAGCAACUCGCAGUGCCAUACGGUUCUAUUUGGAACAAGUAUGGAUUUGCACAGCAGAAUUGCGUUGGGAUGAAUACCCUAUGAAGCGGAACAUCUUAUGUUGCAAAGAGAGGAGACAUUACUUUUGUCAAUGUGCAGGAGUACUUUGCUCCUCCUUGUGACUUUGCUGCAAAGGGGUGAAUUUGUUCAUUCAUGUUUUAGUUGCUUGGGUUUUUCUUCACCUUUUGGAGUUCUUGUAGAGUGUUUGACUUUAGAAAUUUGUAUCAUUCUGCAGGAACUGAAUAGUGGAAUUGGCACUUCCAUAAUCUGUUAAUGCUCUGUGCCAACUUGUUUUUUUUUUGUGCUUUUGUGCAAGUGCCAGAUUAUUUUCACAUGCUUUUGCUUGUUAUAUAUAUUUCAAAUGGAGGUGCAAUAGAAUCACUGCUGCAAGCUUAGCUUA